AUGACUUCGGAAGGCGGCUUGCGGCAAUGCCUAACCGACCUGUCUCGAGCCGACACAAGCGGCGAUUACCAGAAGGCCUUACAAGCAGCAAAUAGAAUGAUACGUCGCUAUCCGAAAGAGCUGUAUGCCUUCAAAUGUAAACUCGUUUGCCUUAUCCAACUGGGAAUGUACGACGAUGCUCUUACAUUGCUCAAAAAGACGCCUCCAAACCAAAUGGGGGAAUGCGCUUUCGAGAAAGCAUACAUUCUUUAUCGUCUUGAAAGGAACGAUGAAGCUCUUGAAGCGCUGGCAGCUUGUGAUCCGAAAGACCAUCGUGCUCUCGAAUUGAAGGCGCAGCUCUGCUAUCGCCUUGACCAGUUCCAGGAAGCACUCGAUAUCUUCCGAGACUUGUUGCGAAACCACUCAGAUAGUUAUGAUGAUGAACGCAAAGCAAACUAUCUCGCAGUGCAAGCUCAGUUGGAAGCUAUGGGACUCAAGCAGCAAACUGCAAGCGACAGUGAAACAUUCGAGCAAAUGUAUAACACCGCUUGCCAACUCAUUGAAGCGGGCAAUUACGAAACGGCAUUAACCAUGCUUGAUAAAGCAAUCAAUGCCUGUAGAAACACUCUGAGCGAUGAAGGAUUAGAUGAAGAGGAGAUUGAAGACGAACUAGCAAUGCUGCGUGUACAGCGCGCUUUCGUGUUGCAUAAAAUGGGGAGGAAACAGGAAGCCAUCGAAAUAUACAGAACGCUCCAAGCGGCGGGACCAUCUGACGUAAGUGUUAUGGUCACUGUGGCAAACAACAUGGCAAGCGCUAUGAAAGAUCAAAGUCUUGCUGAUUCUCGAAAAAAGCUGAAAACUGCUCUACAAUUGGAUCAGAAGAAACUAUCUACACGUCAGCGACGAACGCUCAUGCUGAACAAUGCUCUCGUGCUGCUACAUUCGAAUCAGAGGGAGCCAUGCCGACGUGUCCUGGAUGAUCUGAUCAACGUUUUUGGUGCUUCGAGAGAUACUCGGCUCAUCGAAGCUGCGCUGUGUUUCAGAUUGAAUGAAUUCGAGAAGGCGAUCAAGAUGCUCGAAAACGGAGACCUCCAAAUGGAAAUGACUCGCAUUCAUCUUAUGAUCAACAGCGGUCGCCUUGAUGAGGCCAUCACUGCGUUGAACAAUAUUCCCGCAAAUGUUCGUCUUCAAUCUGCUGUGGUCAGUCUUGCUGUCAGUUUGUUGGUCUCGCUUGAAAGAAAGGAUGAAGCUCUGAAGAUGUUGAACGAGGCAAUUGGACAUAUGAAGGACACGGAAGUGCGAAAACAGAUGCUCAGUCAAGCGGCUAUGCUUGAAUCCUCGAGAGGAAAUGCGGCCGCCGCAGCUAGAUAUUUAGAAAAACUCGCCGAGUUCGAUCCGAAUGAUGUCAAAGUGCUUUGCCGACUAAUUCGUGCAUAUACUGAUUCAGAUCCGAAAAAGGCUGAGCAGCUGAGCGCGCAGGUGUUCCCAGAGACAACAGAAGAAGGUAUGGAUGUUGACGGCAUUGAAGAAAGCGAUUGGAUCCUCUAUGGUGAAAAAUAUAAGCAGAAAAAGGAGGCCAAGUCUGAAGUGGAAGAUACCGUAUGUCAUGAUUCGUUUGAAAUGAGUUCAGGAUCAACUUAUGAGCUGCUUUUUAAGGAGAUAGUGACGAGGAAGUUGAAGAAUCGCAAGCGCAAAAGAAAGGUUAAACUUCCAAAGAACUACGAUCCCAAUGUGCCGCCAGAUCCAGAAAGGUGGUUGCCUAAACAAGAACGUGCGGCCUACAAAAAGAGGCAGAAGAAGAAUCGUGAUCGAGACAUAGGGAGAGGCACUCAAGGCUCGGCUGCUACGAAUCCGAACGUUGAGUUUACGACGGCUUCUCCAAGUUCGCCGUCGCCGAUGGCCACCAUGCCCGAAGGACCGCGUCAGCUGCGCCCUAAACAGCAGCCUAAAAAGAAGAAGAAGCCAUCUAAAUUUUAA